ACACUCGCUCACGAUCAGUCGUAGUGAGCAGAACGUGGUUUGUGUUACAGCUGCCGCUUCCAGUGUGCUUGUUCGCGAUUUCGGUGUAGUUCUCUGCCUAAACAACUCCAUUCGCCGUCCACAGUGACCUUGAACAAACCGCGAAGCUGAAGAUAUCAUUGCACAACACUUAACGCUCUCGGUAUACUGCAUUUUGACUGCUUUCCAAAUCGUCCAAAAUGCUUUCAACACUCGGUAGCUACAUCUGGGGCAGCACGGAAGCUGACAGUCCUCUAGCGGAAGUCACCUUCACAAUCAAUGGGAAACCAUACACCGUUGAUCCUCGUACGAUUCCGGUCGAUACGUCACUGAACACGUUCAUACGCAACCAUGCCCAUCUGACCGGUACCAAGUUCAUGUGUCUGGAGGGUGGUUGUGGUGCUUGCAUCGUGAACGUGAGCGGUGUCCAUCCGGUGACGAAGGAGAAGAAAUCAUGGGCUGUCAAUUCGUGUCUGUAUCCGAUCUACGCCUGCCACGGGUUGGAUGUGAAAACUGUCGAAGGUAUCGGCAACCGGAAGGAUGGUUAUCACCCGAUCCAGCAACGGUUGGCCCAUCUGAAUGGGACGCAGUGUGGGUACUGUUCGCCCGGCAUGGUCAUGAACAUGUACAGCCUGAUGGAAGCGAACCGUGGUGCGAUCUCGAUGGAAGAUGUCGAAAAUGCGUUCGGUGGUAAUAUCUGCCGCUGUACCGGCUAUCGACCGAUACUGGACGCGUUCAAAUCGUUGACGGUGGAUGCGGACGAGAAACUGCUCGAUGCCUGUCAGGACAUUGAGGAUCUAACGAAGCGGACCUGCCCGAAAACGGGAAGUCCUUGUGCGGGCAAGUGCGUUUCGGCGAAGGAUCGCAUCGAUCCCAAGCGUCCGGUGCGGAUGGUGUUUGAGGACGCUCGGGAGUGGCAUCGUGUGACGCAAAUGAGCGAUAUUUUUGCGAUCUUUGAACAGAUCGGUAACAAACCGUACAUGCUGGUCGCUGGCAAUACUGCUCAUGGUGUCUACCGACGAAGCCCUUCGUUGCAGGUGUUUAUCGACAUCAAUGCCGUGGAGGAGCUGCACACGCAUUCCUCCGAUGCUAAUGAGCUGGUAGUGGGAGCUAACGUUUCCCUGACGGAGUUUAUGCACAUCCUGGACGAAACCGCAAACAAGUCGCCAAACUUUUCGCACUUCAAGCAUCUCGAGAAGCACAUCGAUCUGAUUGCGAACGUACCGGUGCGCAGUGCGGGAACGAUCGCGGGCAACCUGAACAUAAAGAACCAGCAUCACGAGUUCCCAUCGGACAUGUAUCUGAUAUUGGAAACGGCCGGAGCGAAGCUGACCGUUGUUGAAACCGGUGGAAAAACAAGCGUCAUUACACCGGCAGACUUUGUCCGGCUAGAUAUGCAGAAGAAGGUGUUGAAGUCGAUCACGCUUCCAGCGCUGGACAUAUCGCGCUACCAGUUCCGAUCGUUCAAAGUGAUGCCUCGAUCGCAAAAUGCGCACGCUUACGUCAAUGGUGCUUUCCUUGUCAAGUUUGCCGAGGGCGGUGUGACGGUGGAGUCGGCCAAGAUUUGCUUCGGAGGAAUCAAUCCAGACUUCACCCAUGCUACAGCGACGGAAGCGUUCCUGGUGGGCAAAAAUAUGUUUGACGCUGAAACCAUCCAAGCAACGAUGAACCAGCUGAGCAACGAAAUCCGUCCCGAUUGGGUACUGCCGGACGCGUCCGGCGAGUAUCGCAAAAACCUUGCAAUGGCUCUCUACUACAAGUAUCUGCUUAAUGUGGCCCCGGAAGGUACCGUGCUGGUGAAACCAUCCUUCCGUUCCGGCGGCACCGUACUGGAACGGCCUCUAUCGUCCGGCCAGCAGACGUUUGAUACAUACGAACGUAACUGGCCGCUCACGAAGAACAUCCCGAAGAUUGAGGCACUCGCCCAAACGUCGGGAGAGGCCAAGUUUACCAACGAUUUGCCUCCUCAGCCGGGUGAGCUGUAUGCGGCAUUCGUGAUUGCUACCAAGCCUCAUACGCGCAUCGGAACGAUAGAUGCUACUGACGCGCUGAAAUAUCCCGGCGUUGUGGCUUUCUACGCUGCGAAAGAUAUCCCCGGCACGAACAACUUCAUGCCACCCAGUCUGGGCAAUCAGGAGCCGGAAGAAGUGUUCUGCAGCGGGGAGGUUCUCUACCAUGGUCAACCGGUCGGUGUAAUCUUGGCGGAAACGCUCAACCAGGCCAACCACGCUGCCGGCCUCGUUAACAUUCUCUACGAGCGCGUUUCGCAGCAGCAACCCGUCUACCCGACGUUGAAAUCACUCGUUGACAAUCAGGCGAAGGCACGCAUCUUUGACGAACCGUCCACCACAACUCGCCGUGGUUCGAACUACCGCGUAAAGGUAUCGGCUGCCCGUAAGGUAACGGGAAGGUUCGAAAUGGCUGGCCAGUAUCACUACACCAUGGAGACGCAAAGCUGCGUGUGCGUACCGAUCGAGGACGGUAUGGAUGUGCACUGUUCGACGCAGUGGGUUGAUCUGUGUCAGGUGGCGAUCGCAUCGAUGCUAAAGGUGCCGGAAAACAGCCUUAACUUCAGCGUGCGCCGCCUUGGCGGUGGGUACGGUUCGAAGAUUUCCCGCGCAGCUCAAGUCGCUUGCGCCUGUGCCCUGGCGGCACAUCUUCAGAACCGUCCGGUACGGUUCGUGCUGACGAUCGAAUCGAACAUGAGUUCGAUCGGUAAGCGGUACGGUUGCAUUUCCGACUACGAGGUGGACGUGGAGACCAGCGGGCGUAUUGUGAAGUUAACGAACAACUACAUGCAGGAUUAUGGGGCGUCGCUAAACGAAUCGGUCGGUGAAGCUACGACCGAGUUCUUCAACAACUGCUACGACACCAAGACGUGGAAAGUGGUUGGUAAGGCGGCAAAGACGGAUGCCCCGAGCAAUACCUGGUGCCGGGCGCCUGGCACAACCGAAGGUAUCGCGAUGAUCGAGAACAUUAUGGAGCAUGUCGCAUGGGAGCUGGGAUUAGAUCCACUCGAGCUACGUCUGAUGAACAUGCCGGAAGGUAGCAAGAUGCGCGAGCUGCUACCACAGUUCCGUAAGGAUGUGGAGUACAACCAGCGCAAGGCGGACAUCGACACGUUCAACGUGAACAACCGCUGGCGUAAGCGCGGUAUCGCGGUGUCGCUGAUGCGCUAUCCGCUCGGAUACUUUGGUGCGUUGCAUGCGUUGGUAGCGAUCCACGCCGGUGAUGGUACGGUCUCCGUUACGCACGGUGGCAUCGAAAUGGGUCAGGGUAUGAAUACCAAGGCGGCACAGGUGGCUGCGUACGUGCUUGGAUUACCGCUGGAGAAGAUAAGCAUCAAACCAAUGACCAGCUUGACAUCUCCCAACGCGAUCGUCACUGGAGGUAGUAUGACCAGCGAGGCAGUGUGCUAUGCGGUGAAGAAAGCGUGCGAGAUUCUGCUGGAGCGCAUCAAACCCGUUCGCGAUGCGCACAAGGACGCUCCGUGGGAAACCAUCACUCAGCUAUGUUACGCGGGCAGUGUAGAUCUUUGCGCCACCUACCAGUACCGUGCGUCGGAGCUGAAGCCGUACAUCAUCUGGGGAUUGAGCUGUGCCGAGGUGGAGGUAGACGUGUUGACGGGCAACGUGCAAUUGCGCCGUGUCGACAUCCUGGAGGAUACCGGCGAGAGCCUUAGCCCCGGCAUCGAUGUGGGACAGAUUGAGGGAGCGUUCGUGAUGGGUGUCGGCUACUGGUUGACGGAGGCGCUGGUAUAUGCAGCGGAGGACGGUGCACUACUGACGAACCGUACCUGGACGUACAAACCGCCCGGUGCGAAGGACAUCCCGGUAGAUUUCCGCGUGCGCUUCUUGCAGAAAAGCUCCAAUCCGGCUGGUGUGCUGCGUUCGAAGGCAACCGGGGAACCGGCGUUGAACAUGUCGAUUGUGGUGCUGUUCGCUUUACGCAACGCUCUCCGUUCGGCCAGGAAGGAUGCCGGACUGGCGGAUGAUUGGAUACCGAUGGGUACAGCAUCGACCCCGGAUCAGGUCCAUCUGCUGGCGGGAAAUUCGAUCGAACAGUACAAGCUGAAUUGAUAUCACGUGAUGAGCGGUAUCGUUUCUGAUUGAUUGCACUAUUUUACAUGACACAUGGUGCUGGUACAAUAUAUCUAUUACUUAUAUCAAGGUUCUAUACGCACAAUUGUUUACACGUGCCGCUUCCUUAUUUACCGGUGCUUCAAAGCACGUGUGCAGUAUUCCUUUUGCAAAAGUGGUUUCACCCAAAAAAAAAUGUUCACUUAAAUAAAAAA